AUGAAGAUAUCUGCGGCAACUCUGAUCGGCAUCGGCACAUUUCUCCAGCAUCUUCACCUUGUUCAAGUCGCAGGUCAAGACUUUGAUGAUAAUGAAUUUACAAGCUUUAGUGAUAGCUCACAUGUGGAGGCAUCCACGUUUGCGCCUGCACUCAACAACAUCACCUUAAAUGUGACGAAUGGUGGUGACGCAAAUAUGUUGGCAUCAUCAGACCUGUUACCUGUGGAGGUAGGUGAUGGUACGCCCUCAGAGUUUCGCGCUUUAGACCCGCCUAGCCAUCUCUUCGAGCGCACAAAAGCCAUGAUGGGACUGUGUCCGCCCAAGUACCUCGAUCCAUCAGUGAUCAAGAAGCGUGCCAUACCGACGAACAACUGGUGGGGCAACAUCAUCGCACACGACUCGAAUGUGGUCAUUCAACCCAUUUGGUCUAAUCCAUACUCGCUACAGAUGGUCGCUGACAAGGCACCUUUUGGUAUGUCCGCGAGUUACCCGUAUCGUAACCGCUUCAGUGGUGGCAGCUCCGGCAACAAUGGUGCCGUCAAGUACUAUGCACACGGCAUGGUUCAAGAGUUUUUGUUUUCGGCUGAAGAGCUCACGGGGCGGAAGCCCAACUUCCAAGUUGUCGACUGGGCUGAUCAAGGAGUGACCGUAAAGUUUACUGUCAGCUCCUCCGGUGGAAGCAUGGUGUCGGACCUUGUUUCUGGCAUGGUGUACGCCUCAAUGAAGUACUCGGGUCUCACUCCACGAUUGGUAUCAGCAACAGCGAUUUCUACCGUCAACGGCCGACCAUUCGGUGGUCAAGUGCGUGGUUCCAAGUUCCAGAUCGUCUAUAACUCCGGCCAGAAGUGGGUAGUCUUCGCAUUGGCAAGUGACGGUCGUACUGCGCAAGACAUCACUCUGGCUGCCGAUGACACAUCCUCCCUCAAAAGUACAAGCGUAUUCGACGGCAUAUUGCGCGUUGCUCUCGUGCUCGAAGAUUCUUGGUUGAGCACGCUCGACCAGCACAAAUCAUGCAUUGUACAAGCAGCGAACGUUGACAUUCGUGACGACAGCUCCUAUGCGUUCAAGUGGAAAACGAUGGGAGAUUGUUCCAGUGGUCUGUUGCACUUUGCAAUGAAGCACCAUGCCGAGACCCUGGUCACGAGCAGCGGGGUACGCCAAGUGGAUGGCAUGAUAGCCCACUCAACAACUCGAGGUGCGCACCAGGCUUUCUUAACACCAGGUGGGCCCGGCGAUCCCGUGUGGGAAAUCAAGGAGAUACAGCCGGUACCCGAAGACUUCUACCCGUCCCGUAAAAUUGCAUCGAGCGUCUCCCGGCUGCAGCACAUCGUAGACCAUUUACGCGAGGACAUCAACAGCACAUGGUCGAUUCCGCUCAAUGGCAGCUACUACUUCAACGGCAAAGCUGCGCAGAAGUAUGCCUCCUUAUGUCUCAUCGCGAACGACGCAGCGGUCGUGGGCGAAGACAAGCGUCUAUUGAAUAAGUGCCUCGUGAAGCUGCGCCGUGUGAUGGCACCUUUUGUAGCUAACAGUUGGGACAACAAGCUCCAGUACGAUCAGGUCUACGGUGGCAUCGUGAGUUCCCAGAGCUUCAACACCAAGGACCUGAACUCGGACUUCGGUAACACCAUGUACAACGACCAUCACUUCCAUUACGGCUACUGGAUACACACGGCGGCCAUCAUCAACCGCCUCGAUCCGACAUGGAGUGACCUCAGUAAGCUCAACAACAGGAUUGACCUCCUUGUACGUGACGUCGCCAACUUCGACCAGGACGACAAGUUCUUCGCACGGUUCCGCUCGUUCGACUGGUUCCGCGGCCACUCGUACUCACACGGCGUCACUCCGUUUGCCGAUGGAAAAGACCAGGAGAGCACGUCGGAGGACGUCAACUUCGCCUUCGGCAUGUACAUGUACGGCAAGGCCACGAAGAACGCGGCCAUGGAGGCCGUCGGCAAGCUCAUGACGCGCGUCAACGCGCACGCCAUCAAGACUUAUUUUCUUAUCGAGGACGCCAAACAAGUCCACCCGGCGAACUUCCGCCCCAACAAGGUCACGGGCAUCUUCUUCGAUAACAAGGUGGAUUAUGCGACAUGGUUUAGCGUCGAAAAGUACUGCAUCCACGGCAUCCAGAUGAUCCCCGUGUCGGCUGUGACCGAGUUCGUGCGCACCAAACAGUUUGUAAAAGAGGAGUGGGAGCAGGUGCUGGGCAAGGAGGCCAUUGUUACGCGCGAGGAUACGGCCAACCCAUGGCUCUCGCUACUGUACACAAACUUUGCAAUGGUGGAUAAACAGCGCGCAAUGCGCGUGUUGCAAACAGCCGAGAUGGAUGACGGUCUGUCUCGUUCCUGGGCACUCUACAUGGCUGCCAGCUUCGCAUAG